UGCUUGGAUUGCGACACUUUCAUCGCGCCGCCCAACAUGCCGAUCGGAUUGAAUCUUGCGAACAAGAAAGCGGCGCCGAAACCAGGAAACGCGCUGGGACAGAAGCGCAAGAAGGGCAUAUUCGACGAUGUGUCCGGGGACGAGGAUCAGCAGAAUGAUAACGGUACCACUGAAGUUUCCACAAUUGGAGGUUUAGAGCAGCCAGCCCCGAAACCAAAGGCACUUUCAAGCACAGGACCGCCACCGAAACGGAAAAUGCAACUAGGCAGUGGUCCUAAGCCCCCUAUCAAACCGCUCAGCAAGAACUCAUUAUUUGCCGACGACGAAGAUGAAGACGAAGAAAAAGAGAAACAGCAAGGGCAGAUGAAUCUUGGCUUGAACCAGGCAAAGCCAAAGCAGGCGCCAGGUGCUGGCGAAGAAUAUACUAAUCUCUCGGCUUUGCAUAGCAGCAAGAAGCAUGCAAAGGAAGCCGAAGAACUUGACCCAUCAAUCUACUCCUACGAUGCCGUUUAUGAGAGUCUUCAUUCCAAACCUUCCAAGGCCUCAACAGAAACGAAAAGCGAUGUACCGAAAUACAUGAAGAAUUUAUUGGAAAGCGCAGAAGUUCGGAAGCGGGAUCAACUACGGGCUCGCGACCGUCAACUUGCCAAGGAGCGUGAGGCCGAAGGUGACGAAUUUGCAGACAAGGAGAAGUUCGUCACAUCCGCCUACAAGGCCCAGCAAGAAGAGCUGCGCAAGGUCGAGGAGGAAGAAGCGCGCCGCGAGAAGGAAGAGGAAGAACGCCGGAAGAAGAAUGGUAACUCUGGUAUGAUCGGCUUCUACCGAGAUGUGCUAUCGCGAGGAGAGGAACGGCACGAGGAAGUCGUCAAGGCCUCAGAAGAAGCCGCCCGCCGUGUCAAGACAGGCGAGGUGGAAGAGGAAGCAGAAGAUCAGCCAGACGAAAAGACCGAUACUCAAAAGGCUGAAGAUCUCAAUUCUCGCGGUGCCAACGUCGUGGUCAACGACGAGGGUCAAGUUGUCGACAAGCGCCAGCUUCUUUCUGCUGGAUUGAAUGUGGCACCGAAACCCAAGGCCCAGCCAUCUGCCCCCAAAGCAGCCCCACGUCCGUCUGCACGACCAGGUGCUGCAGCAGGCCACCAGUCUGGCCGUGCUGCUCAACGUGCUCGACAGACCGACAUGGUCGCAAGCCAACUGGAGGAGCGUGCGCGACAAGAAGAGGAGGCCGAAGCUGCAAAGCAAAGAGAAAUGGCCGAGAAGAGCCGCAGCCGCAAGACCGAGGGAGAAGUCUCCAGUGCCAAGGAGCGGUACUUGGCAAGAAAGAGGGAGCGGGAAGAAGCUGCCGCCAAGGAAAAGUCAAAGGGGGCCUCAAUGUCGCACUCCCAAUUUUGCAACCCUAUCGAGACACAAGAAUCGCUCCAUCACCAAACCACUUCUACCUCUCGUUCAUCAAAAUCAUCCAACAUGGGUAAGGUUCACGGCUCUCUCGCCCGUGCCGGUAAGGUCAAGGCUGCCACUCCUAAGGUCGAGCCCCAGGAGAAGAAGAAGAACCCUAAGGGUCGCGCCUACAAGCGUGUGCUCUACACUCGCCGUUUCGUCAACGUUACCAUGACCGGUGGCAAGCGCAAGAUGAACCCCAACCCCGGCCAAUAAACUAUUCAAGUCGUUGAAAAAACCAACCGCGCCGCGAUCGGCUAGUCGAGUUACACGAUGUUGAGACAAAUAUUCGCAUAACCGCGACACGACCACGGCCCAAACGAACGAGAGCAACCAGAUUACGGCUGGUACUUGGACGGAUGAUAUCAUGCUUCGUUUUCGCUUGAAUUUCUUUUUUUGCUGGUAACGCACGGGUUAUGGAGGUUGAAUCACGGAAAUUGUUGAACAACAUGGCGG